AGUUUAAAGAGUUGAAAUCUACUGGUGUUUCUUAAAAACCGACGACAGGUGAAUCAAGCUUAUAAAAUACGUACAAUGCCCAAAGGAAAAGGGACGAAGGUGACCCUAAGUUCAGCCAAAAAGGCAAUACAGCUGACCCUGUUUGGAAGGCGUAGACUCACCCUGAGUAACAUGGGAUUAACCACCUUCCCAACGUGCCUCUUGGAGUUGUCUAACCUGGAUGAGUUGGAUUUGAGCCGCAACAAGAUAAUGGAACUUCCUGAUAACAUUGGAAACUUGUCUUCCCUCAAAUGGUUGGAUCUGCAUAGCAACAAGCUGGAGUCGGUACCCGAGUCCAUCGGCAAUGUGGCAGGACUGACCCACCUCAACCUGGCGAACAACUGCCUAACAUCUGCAGGUUUACCCUCCUCUCUGGGUUUCCUCUCCAACCUGGAGAGCCUCAAUCUAGGAUUGAACCAGCUAGAUUCCCUUCCCCCCACCCUGGAGUUCCUGGACAACCUCAAAGAGUUAGGCCUAUUUGAUAACUCCCUUGUCCAGCUGCCUGAGUUUGUGAAAGGCCUACGCAGCCUCACCAAGUUGAAUGUGAGCCGUAAUCCUCUGACAUGUGUCGAGGAGACAUGUGAAGGGCAGGAAGCUAAGGGUUCAGAAUCAACAGAAGAUGUGUACUUGGUCCAUGAAAGCAGCUUGUGUGAGGGAUGCCUUCAGAAAGUUCUAGGGUCAAAAGAAAUGUUGAUGAGAAAAAAGAGAUGUGACUGCGUUAAACCGCCAUCCUUCUCUGGAUUGGUGACUCCUAACUCCGUGGCCAUAAAUACUCAGCAUGUGUGGAGAAUGAAAGACAAGAAAGCAUCUUAAAUUAUAAGAACAUUAAAAAUGAUGAAAUUUUACAAUUAUUCAUGCACUCAUUUCAAACUGAAUGAAAUAUGUCUUUAUUUUAACCAUUAAUAAAUGAAUAAAUAAAGACUUACUUGGCAUUAGCCAUGACCUCAGCGACGGCUCUCCCUUUUAAUGCUGGUACCACCAUGCUCAGUCUGCAGGGAGAGGAAAGGUUAAAGGUCAAAGACAGGAAGUUUAAUAUGUACCAACAUUCAGGACAUCCGUUACCUUUUAUAUGCUGAGACAUGGUCCUUAUUCAAGAAAACCAGGAAUGCAGAGUGUCCGUUUUUCAUGAAAAUCUCAAUAGCAUUGUCCU